AUGUCACGUGCGUGUUGCAACCAGUUUCUCUGCCUAGCAGAGUGUUGGUGGUGUUGGGACUCAAGCGAGCCUGCGUGGAGCUUGACGGGCCUUUUGCCGACGGUUCGGCAGCUGUUAAGAAGCUUUCACUGCAUGCCUGUUAUUGAAUCGUGGAUCGAAGGUCGCGCGCCUUCCGGUGGACAUCGACCUGAAGUUUGUCUUGAGGCUCGCGGUUUCUCGCUCGUGGUUGCAGCGGCUGUUGAUGUCCAAAAACUAUGGUGGCUCACUGGCUUUCGCUGCGACCGGCCUGCCAUCGUGGAUGCAGCGAUUUGGGUCAUGGAGUAA